AUGAGCCUUCCAACUUUGAAAAAAUACCACAAAAAGUCCUAUGCGGCUAUCGACCCAUCCAGCCCCUCUCUCAGAAAGACGGGCAAGACUGUCGUUGUUACCGGAGGUAACAGUGGAAUCGGCUAUGCCAUCGCCCGCGGAUUCACCUCAGCUGGUGCUGCCCGUGUCAUCAUUCUUGGGCGACGUCCCGAUGUCGUCAACGAAGCAGCCGCUAAACUUCAACGUGAGAACGAUGAGUUAAAGUGGCAGUCUCAUGUCGAAGGGAGGGUCUGCGAUAUAGCCGACCUCGACUCCACUGAAGCGCUGUGGAGUUCACUCCAGUCCGACGGCAUUUUCGUGGAUAUCCUUGUGCUCAAUGCCGCUGCAUAUGGAGCAAUCGAACCAAUUCUGACUGGAGGUCUGUCUAAAGUCUGGGGAGACUUCGAAUCGAACGUUCGAAGCACCCUGGAUAUGACUGAACGCUUCUAUAAGCAGAAGUUGGACACAAAAGCCAAGGUACUUACCACUACACAGAGCCACUUGGAUGACGCUGACCACAAUUCUACUCAGUUUCUUGUCAACAUCUCAACCGUGGCAGGGUAUAUGUGGACGACAAUGGGGCCUGAGCGUCCUACAUAUGGCUUGACCAAGAAUGCAAGCACGCUUCUGUUGCAGCAGAUUGCCAAGGAUACCAACCCUACCGAUAUGCAGGUUGUAAGCUUCCACCCCGGUGGUAUUCUUACCGAAUCGUCCAAAGCACUCGGCGGCGAUGCUAUUAAAGAUCUUGUUUUUGAUGAUGAGAACCUUCCUGGCCAUUUUGCUGUCUGGGCUGCUACCCCCGAGGCCCGUUUCCUCCAUGGGAGAUUCGUGUGGGCCAAUUGGGAUGUUGAGGAGCUUCGAGAUGGACCUGUUCGCGAGCAGAUUGACCAAGAUGAGCACUUCCUCAAGGUUGGAGUGGAAGGCCUCUCGGAAAAGAUGGGCGGUAUGAUUAUGUCGUAG